UUUCGUUUUAUGUCAUUCUCUACUUUUCGUGUUUUAAGUUUUAAUCUGUUUUAAGCUCUUUUGAACUUUUUGUUCUGUGCUGUGCCUGUGAAUAAAAAUGGCCAAACGUACCAAGAAGGUUGGAAUUACUGGUAAAUAUGGUACCAGGUACGGUGCUUCCCUCCGUAAAAUGGUUAAAAAGAUGGAAAUCACCCAACACAGCAAAUAUUCUUGCAGUUUUUGUGGAAAGGAUGCCAUGAAGAGAAGUUGUGUUGGUAUUUGGUCAUGCAAACGCUGCAAACGUGUUGUAGCAGGAGGAGCUUGGGUAUACUCUACCACAGCUGCAGCUUCAGUAAGGUCAGCAGUGAGACGUCUUAGGGAAGUUAAGGAACAGUAAUUUAUACAAGUCAAUAAAAUUUGUAAAUAAUUGAUUGUCUUGUUUGGAAUUAUCUGCAAUUUUUCAUCAUUUCAUU